ACCCGUGAGGGGAGCGCGGCCGCCAUGGAGGGACGGCUCUCCCGCAUCCCCGUGCCCGGCCGGCUCCACCCCCCCGAGCCGUCCGCAGAAUUGCCAACUGCCUUUCCUUCAAAGAAAAAAUGUGUCAGCAAAACAUCAGAGCCAGAGUUCAGUGGGGUUCCCAGUAUUAACUUUGCCUCAAACGUUCCAGUGGACGGUGUCUUCAAGGCUGCAAACCAAGGGUUGCGUAAGUCUGUCAAGAGAGUGGAACCGGUUUCAAAUAAGACAGUGGCAAGACGCCCUCUCAGCAGAUUCCAACUAGAAGCAGAGCUGAAAAACAAGAAUGAGUUGGUGGAAACACUCAAACAACAACUAGCAAGAGGAGAGGGCACUAAGUUAAGGGCGUUAAAGAAGGAGAACGAGAGGCUGGUCAAUGAAGUUGAGAAGCUCAAGAAAAUUCAGGAGACUUGCAUGACAAUUUUAGAAAGCAGAAACAUCAGUCCUGAUAGCAACAUCGAGGAGGAAAAAGAGACACGUGCUUGCCGGGAAAAAACAACAAUGCUGACUAAGAAGGUUACAGAAGAGUUGACUCUGUUUUGUCACACAGUUGCAGAAGAGAAGGAGAUGCUUGAGGCAGCGAUGGCCAAGUGGAAAUCAGCACAAGAGAAGAACCAGCGCGCCCUGGAGAAGCACUCCUGCUUCCAAGCUCAAAUUAAGGAAUGGACAGCCAUGCUUGAAGGGCUGGGGAAGCUCCUGGCAAUGGAAUUUGCAGCUUUCUAGGUUUCAGUCUCCUCU